AUGCGAAAGUUGGAAUGGGACGACGUGGGGGUUGAUGGUCGGCAGCUACACCAUUUGCGUUUUGCUGAUGACAUCGUACUGAUAACACCUAGCAUCAGCGAAGCGGGACGAAUGCUGGCCCAAUUUCAACGAAACAUGAGGAAACAUCGGUCUUUAGCUGCAAAAGACGAUGUUCAUGCGCAAAGGAUGGGUCUCGGAUGCUCCAUUCACGCUCAACGGAACGAAAAUAUCCGAAUGCACCAGCUACGUUUAUCUGGGUCGGGAAUUGAACAUGAUGCCGUGAGUGACUGGAUUCCCCGCGAUAUUAAGCGCAUUACAGGAAGAUAA